ACUGACUCGGCCCCGCAGCGCGGAGGGCCGGAGUUGGCUGGAGGGCGCGAUGUCUGUGUCGCGGCACGGGCUCGGGGAGGGCAUCGAGGAAGAGGCGAGUCCCUUGGUCCGCUCUGCAGCGGAGGACGAAUCGGUGCAGUCGGGAGGCAGCCCGGGGCAUGUAGAGGGGCGUCCAGGUCACGGCAGCGAGCAGUCGUCGCACCGGCUGCUGGCGUACAGUGAUGCGCUGAUUUCUAUCAUAGCCACUGUCAUGAUCUUGCCUGUAAGCCAUAUAAAAAUUAGAACAGACCAGGAACUGGAAGAAAGUCUGCAGCAACUUCUUGCAACCAAAAUUGCUGUUUACAUCAUGACUUUUCUAAUAGUGACAGUGGCCUGGGCGUCACAUAUCAGAUUGUUCCAGGUUAUUGAACGAAUAGAUGACGUUCUUGCACUUCUCAACUUGGCAUGUAUGAUGCUCAUAACCUUCUUACCUUAUACAUUUUCUCUGAUGGCCUCAUUUCCAGAUGACACGCUUGGAAUCCUGGCAUUUUGUGUUUGUGCAAUCAUCAUUGGAUUAAUUCAGGCUAUAAUUGUAAUCUAUGGAUUCCACCAACCUUAUUUAUUGAAUGCCCAUGUUUGUGCAUUAGAAGAUCGAAAUUCAUAUAAGUACCAAAUUCUAAAGGUGACUUUACAAGCACCUGUUCUGUUCUUCAUAGCAGGAAUCAUAUCUUUCAUCUAUUGUCCUGUGCAGCAUUACAGGGGCAGCAAGGAAACAGAGUAUGCUUGGAUUUGGAGGACCAUCAUCAAGAAUGAGCUGAUGCUGCAGUCCUGUACAAGUAGCUACAGACAGUACCUGCAGCAUAUGGCAUAUGUAGUGCUUGCACUUGUCAUCUUUCUCCCGUACGUUACUCAGAUUACACAGUGGUGUGGAAACAAAAUAAAGGGUCGAAAAGAAAUACAAAGAGUGCUAUUUUACACAUUUCAUCCGAAUGAGCCGCUGAGCAAAGAGCGAGUAGAAGCUUUUAGUGAUGGAGUGUAUGCUAUUGUUGCAACUCUUCUUAUCUUAGAUAUAUGUGAGGACAAUGUUCCCGAAUCGAAAGAAGUUGCAGAUAAGUUCCAUGGUAAACUCUUCAUGGCACUUAGUGAGUAUGGUCCGGAAUUUUUAGCAUAUUUUGGUUCAUUUGUGACUGUUGGCCUUCUUUGGUUUGUGCAUCAUUCACUCUUUCUCUACAUCACUAAGACAACAAGACUAAUGGGCCUUCUGAAUACUCUCUCUCUUGCUUUCAUUGGUGGACUUCCAUUGGCUUUUAGGCUCACUCAAGAAUUUGCUGCCAAGUCGCGCAAUGAAAUUGAGGCCAUUCAAAUUAAUUGCGUUAUAAUUUUUCUUGCAAGUCUUUUUCAGUUUGCAAUAUGGAUUGUAGCACUUUACAAUGAAAAAGAAACCUUGCAUCGCCAUAUCCGUUAUGGGGGCAAAGAGCAUACAUUUAUGUUUGCCAAGCUUUCACUUUAUCCUUCUGUUGCAUUUGUUACAUUCUGCUUGACAUAUAUUUUAAGUAGGUUUAGCACACAAAUUUUCCAUUUGAUGCAAAUUGUUGUUCCCUUUGCAUUUGUUCUUUUACGAAUCAUUGUCCGAAUUACUCUAAUUAUUGUGAAAUGGUUAUUUAAUCGAUUAAAACCAAGGACAUCAGUGUUGAAAGAGGAAGAAGAAUGUGCCAUCUCUGUGAGUGAGUGAGAAGUAAGAAAAGCAGUGUUGCAGUGCAUACAACAUGGAAAUGUUAAUUUGGUUGAAAAUGUUCUUAAACAUAUUUGAACUUUGUAAUAAUUUCCCUCAUUAUUUUGUUCACAAAACAUGUUAAUACCUCAAAACUCAAAGUGAAAUUUUAAAACUCAAAUGUCAUUGUAUAACACAGUUAUGUGGCAACAUAGAUGAUAAAAAAUGUUGUAAAAUUACAUUCCUUGUAUAUCCAAAUAAUGUUAUUUAUUUUGUAUCUAAUUUUUGUCUAAAUAUUUUACAUGCACCAUUUUGUGUAAAAAAAAGGAUUUUAAUAAUUCAGCAAUGGUGUAGUUUCAGUGUUAUUAUUACCAUAACAAUAUUUCUGUGCAAUUUUCAAUUUUCUGUAUUAUGUCAAGUUUCAUUUUUGUCCUUUUGCUUAACAUGAAACAAUUUUCAAUUUUUUAUAUUGCAUUUUUCUAAAACAACUACAAUAUUAUCUCAGUGACAAUUUUACUGUAUGCAAAGUAAUACUGAAGAAAUAAGUUGUUUUAACAAUUGAUAUGUUUUUAAGUAUAGAACAUUCCAGAUAGACUCCUUCACCCUGUGACAAUAAUUUUCUGAAAUAACAGAUUUAUGUUCCACAGAUAAGUCCUUCCAUCUUCAUGCCUUUUCACAGAACCUGUUAUAUUUCAAAUGAUCACCUCCAACAGCAUAACUGGUUUUGCUGAUAUAGCAGUUAUUAUAACAGGCCUACAAAUAAGUUAUAGCAUGAAGUAAUAUUUUGAAUAAACUGGGAAAAUCAUUGUAUAGUAGAAUGGAAAUAUGUAAAAUUCUGCAGUACCUCUUAACCUUUGUCUUAGAAGUCUUCAAAUUUAUCAGUUGUUAAAUAGUCAUCUUAUUCUUUGUCCAUGUUGAACUUUUGUAGUGUUUAUUGUCAGAUUCUGAUUGUUCUAGAAUCUGGAAAUUUAAGACUACAAUGUCAAUGUAAGUGAACAGUAAUGGCUUUAAAUAAAUUAUGC